UUUAUAUCUAUGGCUCACUGUAUAUGUACACUGUAGUUCAAUCGUCUGUAUUUGCCCAAAAGUAUUAAACCCAAUUUAUAUACUGAUAUCAACGAAAUAAACCGAAAAGUUUGAAAUCUAACAUAAACAGGCAACUUUAUAGUUUUGUCUCAACUGAUAAUUGAUAAAUCUCCAAACAAAGGCAGCAAAACAACUUUAAAGAUUUGGAAGUUCACAAACAGUGAUUUUUAAAGGCACUUCAAGCUCAAAAUAACUAUAAACUACUUUGCAACUAUACAUAAUAAUGGCACUCGAUAUUAAGGAAGAAAUUAAAUUGUCAAAUACGAAAAAAUGUGGGGAAAUAACGGCAUUGUUCUCUAUAGGAAAGAAAGAUUUUUUACUGAAUUGCGAUUUUUGCGAAUGUUCUUUCCAACAGUUGGAAAACUUCGUGUGUCAUAUGUACGAAGACCAUCCGUCCGAAUUUCCAGAGCUAAAAUCUGAUGAAGAAGAUGUGCAAAUAUAUGAGGAUAAAGAAAAUGUGAAAUCUUUGGUGAAGCUAGAAAGGAUAGAGGUCGUCGAGGAUUAUGAUAGUUGUUCAAGAGAUUUUGAAAGAGUUGAAAUAGAACUGGAUUCAGUCGAUACAAGGGAGACACUAGAUAACAGUGAAGACGAGAUAUCAGAAAACGCAAUGGACGAAUGCAGUUAUGAUAUGAAUAGCUAUGAUGAAUCCAAUGAUACUGAAGGGUCAUAUAAAGUUUGUGAGAAUAAUGAUGACGUAGAAGCGAUUGCUGAUCGAGAGUCGAUCGAUCUGAAGAAAAUGUUCCCUAUCGCGAAGAUGCAGUUAAUUUUUUCAAGUUACGUAGCUCACCCUGCGCUAUGGGAUAAAGAAAUUAGAACUUCAAUAAGUUAUAAAGAGAAAACCGAAUUGUUCAAGCUUAUAGCUGCAGAAGUAGGCAUGCCAGAUGAAUGGGAAAACAUUCGGAAGCUAAUUAAGAAACUAAGCUUUAAAAUUCAAACAGAGAUUAUACGCAAAAGGAUUUAUGAAUCAAAAGGCCGAUUGUAUACACCUACUUGGUAUACAGAUCCAAACUCUUUUUUGAAACAAAGGCCUGGUCCACCAAAAGAGGCCAAAGUGGAAGCAACAAAAAGUUACGAUCUUCCUUCCACAUCUAUUACCGAUGCGCAAUGUGUGCUUUUAGCUGCACUUUACAAAGAUUUACCCUGCCUGUGGGAUGAAAAAGAUAUUACCUAUAGAUUUAGUAACCGACGCCGGGAAGCAUUGACACUUAUACAUACAGAAUUUAACAUGAAAUCUGGACUAAAUAUAACCGAACAAGAUUUGGAAAGAGAAAUUGCAAGGCUGCGGAAAAUUUGUACAAAAGAAAAGAGACAAAAAAUAAAGUACAAAAAAACUCAAUCUAUGUAUAUUCCAACUUGCCCGUAUUAUGAUCACAUUUCAUUCCUCGAAGUCGAUGUUGGCCCAUAUGAAUGCUCCAUAUGUGAAAAAUUAUUGGCGGGAUUGGGACAGUACAAAGUUCACUUAGCAUCUCACGAUGGUUCGCUGCCAUUUAAAUGCCAUCUCUGCGGACAUGGUUUUAAAGUGGCCGCUAAUUUAACCGUCCAUUUACGAAGACAUGUCCAAGACUACACGUAUAUAUGUGAGAUAUGCUCCAAAGCCUUUGCUACAUCUACAGAUUUAAAAAUUCAUAUACGUUCCCACACUGGUGAAAAACCAUACUUUUGUGAUAUUUGCGGUAAAAAACUUCAAACCGGAUCACUAUUCAGUACGCAUAUGCGACGGCAUGAGAAUCGACCACUCCACAAGUGUGAAGUAUGCUCAAAAACUUUCUAUACAAGAAAAUUAAUAAGGGAGCACAUGAAUGUACACACAAAAAUUCGAGACAAAAUUUGUAAUGUUUGCAACAAAGGAUUCACAAGUACUAAACACCUAAACCAACAUAAACAGAUCCAUGCAGCAGAAAAGAAAUAUUUAUGUAAAAUUUGUGGUAAACGCUUCGCACAAUAUGCAGGUCUUAGUGUACAUAUGAAAUCGCAUGGGACAACGUUAACCAACAGCACAACUAAAGACCUUCUUUAUUAAUAUAUUUAUUUAUACUAAAUUUACUAUUAAAAUAAUUUAAGUCCAUUUAAUUUUUUUGUAAUUGAAAGCCCAUCUCAAUAAAAGGUAAUUCAUAUUUUUGUUGCAUCGAAAA